GGCGACUAUAAAUGACAGCCUGCGCAGCCUUUUCACUUUUAGUCUUGAGCUGUCGACGCAGGCGCAAUGAACUACAUUUUUCUGCUGCUGCUGCCGCUUUCAAUUGCGGCCAAUUCCAUUAAGGAACGCAAUCUAUUUGCCACCGAACUGUUUCAAACCUUGGCCACCGAUCGGCAGGAUGAAAAUGUGAUUAUCUCGCCAGUUUCGGUGCAGCUGGCAUUGGGCCUGGCCUACUACGGUGCUGAGGGCAAAACUGCCACGGAGCUGCAGCGCACGUUGCAUGCCUCGGCCAAGGAGAGCAAGGAUGGUCUCGCCGAAACCUAUCAUCGCCUGCUGCACUCGUACAUCAAGUCGAAGACAGUGCUGGAAAUCGCCAACAAGGUCUACACACGUGAGGGAGUAAAGGUAACGCCACAUUUCCGCGAGGUGGCCGAGAAGUACUUUGACUCCGAGGUGGAGGGCCUCAACUUUGAUAAGGAGACGGAGGCAUUGGAGCGCAUCAACAACUGGGUGCGGGAGAAGACGCAGCAGAAGAUCGAGCGUGUGGUGGACACCAUUGAGCCGGACACGAAUGUGGCCCUCAUCAAUGCCAUCUAUUUCAAGGCGCGCUGGGCGCGUCCCUUCAACGAUGACGACACAAAGGAUCGCGACUUCUGGCUAAGCGAAUCGCAGGCGGUGCAGGUGCCCACAAUGUUUGCCGACAAUUGGUAUUAUUAUGCCGACUAUCCCGAGCUGGAUGCCAAGGCCAUUGAGCUGUUCUUCGAGAACAUUAACAUGACCAUGUGGUUCAUUCUGCCCAAUCAGCGAACCGGCCUCAAGCAGCUGGAGCAGCAGCUCAAGGGAGUCGACUUCAAGCUGCUCGAGGAGCGCUGGCAGUGGCAAAGUGUCGCCGUCUAUCUGCCCAAGUUCAAGUUUGAGUUUGACACCGAUCUGAGACCCACAUUGAAUAAGCUGGGCAUCAAUACUAUGUUCUCGGAUGCGGCUGACUUUAGCAACAUCUUUGAGGAUACGCCAAUUGGGACGCGGAUCACGAAGGUGCAACACAAGACCUUUAUCGAUGUGAAUGAGAUUGGCUGCGAGGCUGCAGGUGUCAGUUAUGCUGCUGGAGUGCCCAUGUCCCUGCCACUGGAACCCAAGACUUUUGUGGCCGAUCAUCCGUUUGUGUUCAUCAUACGCGAUCAGCAUGCUGUCUACUUUACGGGACACAUCGUCAAGUUCUAAUAGGCAUUUACAUUUAAGACAUUUAAUACUCUUAAAAAUGAUCAAAUAUCAUGUUAUAUCUA